UACAAUGAAAGUAGAAUUUCAAGUCUUCGCAAAAGCUCCUCCCUCCUUCAAUCGGCGUGUUUAUUCUUAGAAGGUGAUUUAAAGAACCUUAAAAAUUGUCACUUGUUCCAUUUAUCUCGGAGCAUCUCGUCACCUGGUUUGGUAAAACAGAAACCCCGAUGCUUCGGAGAUGAUUCCACUUUUGGAAUUUAUUGUAUCAGCCAUUUGGGUAACUUUGAUACUUCUUAUUGCAUGGUACUUCCUGCUCACUGACUGCGACCUUAUUCUUGCAUUUGCUGAAAAAUUUGGACGGCCAAUAUCUGCUUUUUCCGGGAAAGUGGUAUGGAUCACCGGUGCUUCAACGGGUUUAGGGGAGGCGAUGGCAUAUCAACUGGCAGAAGUUGGUGCCAAACUUGUUUUGACAGCUAGAAGCGAAAAUCUUUUGCAAAAAGUAAAGGACGAAUGUAUAGAAAGGUCUAAAGGAAAAUUAUUGAAAAAGGAUAUACUUGUAUUACCUUUCGAUCUAGCUCAAUUCGAAUGUCAUGAAAAGAAUGUAAAAAGUGUGAUCGAUCAUUUUGGAAGAAUAGAUGUUCUAAUCAACAACGCAGCACGUUACCAAAUUGGGCGACUAAUAGAUACUGAUAUAAAAGUGGAUAAAGCAAUGUUCGACGUCAACUUUUUUGGGCCGAUCUCCCUCACGAAACUUGUCAUAAAACAGUUCCUCAGUCAAGGCAAAGGACACAUCGUAGUAAUUUCAAGUAUUGCCGGAAAAUUUGGUGUGCCAUCAACGGCAUCUUACACAGGAACAAAGCAUGCUUUACAGGGUUAUUUUGAAGCUCUGCGAACCGAAUACCAGAGAGAUAAAAUUUCAGUGACUAUGGUAUGUCCAGGAAUUUUCAGCUCUGAAAUAUUUCGGAAAACUAUGACUACCAAAGAAGAUGAGAUUUUCCAAAAAGAUUACAACCAUUAUGAAUGCCUAAAUAUGACUUCGGAAAGGUGUGCCUACCUCGCAUUAGUGGCUUCUGUCAACAAACUCUUUGAAUCUUGGAUUGCUUAUCAACCCUUCCUAUUCAUGAUGUGGGGAUCUCAAUUUGCUCCAGAUAUUUACAAAUACAUCAUGAGUCUGAUAUACAACAAGAAACGUCUUUCAGAACUUCAUCAGGGAAAGUGGCCUACAGAUCUCCCAGUGUGGAAACCGCUGUUUAAAGGGAAAUGAAAACAAUUAUGUAAGCCUAUCUUUCUAUUCAAGGGACUUCUGUCUACAAUUAGGGGCCAAUCAAGCCAUCCCCUCUACCUCUCCUCCCUGUUCUGUCAUGCCAUAUCAUUUCCAUAUUACAUCAUCACAAUAUUUUAAGCAGUUUUUUUUGUAUCAUAUGAACCUAUAAAUACUCAU